AGCUCCUUUCUCUCUUCUUAUAUAAUUCUCUCGCAUCACGCGUCUCCUGGCCUGAUUUAUCUUUAAUUGCCUUUGGAUUUCGUGUUUGUAUUCCACAAUUUGUGCCAAAAAUCUCAGCUUUAUUUGAAUUCUGUGUUGUUUGCAUGAGCCAAUCUGUUGCUGCUGCUAAUUUAUUACUGUCAGCCUUUAAUUGUAAUUGAAAUUUUGAAUUUUGAGCUUUGAGGUAGGAAAAUUAGUUAAAUUUGGAUAAAGGGUAGGUUUAAUUUAAUCCACUGUCGGGUAAAUUUUGUAGCUUUGGGUUUCAAAUCUGUGUGUUUGAAUAGUAAAUACUUGAGAAUUUGAAUGUGAUUCUUCAACAAUUGAGCAAGUAAUUUUGUUUUUGAUUAAUUGAAUUAGUAAUUUUGUUGCUGCUAAAUUUUAAGCAUGUAAUUAGUGAAUCUGAGGACUGUUAAUUUUGGUGUCCUUCAGGUUCUUCAUAGAUUAUUUUGAAGAAUUAAACGUGAUCUGGUAAAAUUAGAACUAAAAGGGGUAUUUGCUGAGCAAUAGAAAUGGGGACAGGGGAAGAGGGUACUCCUUCUAAGCCUUCCAAACAAGCUUCGACACCUCAGGAAUUACCAACAACACCUUCAUAUCCCGAUUGGUCCAGCUCUAUGCAGGCUUAUUAUGGUCCUGGAGGUACUCCGCCUCCCUUUUUCGCCUCCACUGUUGCUUCCUCAACUCCACACCCCUAUAUGUGGGGAGCCCAGCAUCCUAUGAUGCCGCCAUAUGGAACUCCAGUUCCAUAUCCGGCCAUGUAUCCUCCAGGUGGAGUUUAUGCUCAUCCCAGUAUGGUGAUGACCCCAGGCGCACCACAACCAACCCCGGAGUUGGAAGGGAAGGGUCCUGACGGGAAAGAGCGGGCUUCAACCAAAAAACCCAAGGGAACUGCAGGAACUGCAUGUUUGGCUGGUGGCAAGGUUGUGGAGAGUGGAAAAGCAACUUCAGGUUCAGGAAAUGAUGGCGCUUCGCAAAGUGGUGAAAGUGGUAGUGAGGGUUCAUCGGAUGGAAGCGAUGAUAAUGCUAACAAUCAGGAGUAUGGUGCAAACAAGAAGGGAAGCUUUGACAAGAUGCUUGCGGAUGGGGCAAAUGCACAAAAUAGCACUGGGACACUUGUUCAGGCUUCAGUGCCUGGGAAGCCAGUCUCUAUGCCUGGAACUAAUCUGAAUAUCGGAAUGGACUUAUGGAAUGCAUCCUCUGCGGGUGCUGGAGCUGCAAAAGUGAGAGGAAAUCCGUCAGGUCCUCCAUCAGCUGGUGGUGCUGAGCAUUGGAUUCAAGACGAACGUGAACUGAAAAGGCAGAAAAGAAAGCAAUCAAAUAGGGAGUCAGCUAGGAGGUCAAGAUUACGGAAGCAGGCAGAGUGUGAAGAGCUACAAGCAAGGGUAGAGGCUUUGAGCAAUGAGAAUCAUAGCCUCAGAGAAGAGCUGCACAGGCUUUCUGAGGAAUGCGAGAAACUUACAUCUGAGAAUGCUAAUAUAAAGGAAGAACUGACACAAGUGUGCGGACCCGAUUUGGUAGCAAACCUUGAGCAGCAGCCUGGUGGUGGUGAGGGCAACAGCUGAGAUGGAGUAUUAGUCUUGCUUUGUAGUAACAGAGAUUGAUUGAGCUCGGGAAGCCACACGACCCUUCCUCGGAUUGAGCUCGGGAAGCCAUGACCCUUCCUCGGAUUGAGCGUAGAGAAAUUGUUUUCCUUACUAAUUUAUACACUUUAAACCCUUUUCCCUGUAACGGUAACGUUUAUUGUGAAGUAUGUAGCUGAUGAGUUGGAACCCCGGGAGCCAUGCAGAUUAUUGUAUCAUCGGGAAAAGAGUGUAUAGUAGAUUUACUUCCAUUUGCUAUUUCGAGUUUUUGAAUCGAAGUGUGGCUUCGGAUUCUUGUGCCCCA